AUGUUGUUCAAGACAAUCCAAAUCAUUUUUUUCUCGGCUCUCGCCAUUGCGUCGCCUAUUGCCUCGAACAACCUCAUCCUUGGACGUGCCACUCAAGCCGAAACCAUAGUUGGUGGAAUCUCCGGCGCCUUAACUGACUGCAGCACUGCACCUUUCCCAGAUGAGUGCGCAACUCUUGCUCAAGCAGCAAAGGGUAUGAUUAUAGCUUUCGGAAACGAAGAUUUCACCGCUGCAGAAAUAGGUGCCAUGAUUGCACUUAUGUCGUUUGAAAGCGUGAAUUUCCAAUACAACAUCAACCACAGCCCCGGUCGUCCAGGCCAAGGAACAAAAAACAUGCAAAUGGCGAAAUACAAUCUCCAGUACGCGCAAUCUAUUCCCGCCCUCAAAGACCCUCUCGCAAAGAUCACCACCGCUACCACCAUCGAUGGCUUGUCGGACGACAAGUUGAACGAGAUCCGAGCUUUGGUUUUGGUUGACGAGUAUACAUGGGGAAGUGCACCAUGGUUUUUGAAGACAUUCUGUGCGGAUGCUCGAACAGCUCUUAAGACAGGUACCGUAGAAGGAUGGCAAGCAUAUAUGACGUGCGUUGGAGUUGAUCCCGCUGAUCCUGCGCGAUUGGCCUACUGGACUAAAGCCAAGGCCACGAUGGCAUUUUAA